AUUUCUGGUAGCAGACAGCGGACUAUGGGCAGUGUGCUGGUAUACACAUCUUCCGGUUCAUCCUUCAGAAACAAAAUCAAACUUCCGCUUUUAGCCGCCAGGUGCUUAAAUGAAGUUUUUGUGAACUCUCCAAAUCUUAAUUUUACUGUGCCAGAGUGAACAACGCCAGGAAUCUGCGAUUGUGACGAACCAAGACGGGAAUUUUUUUUCCCGUUUUGUCCUAUUUCGUGAUUGGUCGCCUCGACCCCACGCCGCUGUGUAGGCCAUUUGCUCUACAAUAUAUUUAUAAUCAUGGCGGCUUCGGAAGGUGAUCAUCGUGUCCAAAAAUCUGCGGCUGCAGCACAAAGACCGCCUCAUCUCAAGGCUUUAGAGGGAUUAAGCUUUUCUGAAAGCAUGUCGAGACGACCCCCUCGCCUUCGAAGGCGCUCAAUUUCGGUGUCAUCGACCGAUAGUUAUGGGAGCUCAGCUAGCUAUUCCGAUAGUUACUCAUCUGACGAAGACGAUGUUUCUCCAAGGGAAAGAUCUCAGAAAAACAGCAGUGGUGGAUCAGAUUUUUGUGUUAAGAAUAUUAAGCUGGCUGACUUUGGUCGCAGGGAAAUUGAAAUAGCGGAACAAGAAAUGCCUGGGCUCAUGCUAUUGAGAAAGCGGAAUUGCACAGACAAGCCGUUAGAAGGGGCCAAAAUUGUUGGUUGCACCCAUGUAACUGCGCAGGCCGCAGUGAGUACACUUUCAACUUGACAACAAGUUUUGUAGGGACAUGACAGUCUUCCAACCCCAGGCGAGGAUUAGAACAGAUAGAAUUUCGGUGAAGGGGUUGGUCUGUGUAACAAAACUAGUUGUAGCUGCUAAGGGUUAAGCAAACAAAAGUUCAAAACUUUACAAUAAUUAUUUCUUGGAAGGUCCUUGCAUGUAUAACACU